CUAUCACUAGAAUAUUUAUAUAUUAGUUUGGUGAAACGAGGCGUAUUUUGAAUUUCAAAAAGCCUCAGAAACGCAAAAACAUAUACGCUGUAAGUGCGCUCACUUCCACUGCUCGCUGCCAUCUUCCAUUCCUGGCUUCUUCAGUUCACCUCCUAUACGCACACAUUCCCUGGUUUCGCUUUAGUCAGUCUUCAAAUUGUGAAACCCAAGAAAUAAGGAGAAAGAGAAAUGGUGGUAUCCAAGUCCAGGUAUGAGGAAAUCCGCCAAAAGAGGCUGGAAGAAAACAAGAAGAGAAUGGAAGAGCUUAACUUGAAGAAGCUCGUUGUUGAUAUCCGUACGACCAGCCCUAAGACUUCUCCAAUGAAACCAAGGCUUCCUCGACCAUCAACAGAGUUGGUACCAGUGAGGAGGUCCUCUCGUUUUGCAGGCAAGAGCCCUGUUAGCUAUAAGGAGCUAGCACCUGAACCUUUGGAGAGACCCAGAAGGACCUACUGCUACCGACGACAAGAUCUGUUGAAUCGAAUCUAUGCUUCUGAUGAAGUCAGGGGACAUGCAGUUGAUAGAGCAGGAAAAAUUCAGUCAGCUUUAGAAGCUGAUUUCCCUAGUUUUGUGAAACCCAUGACUCAGUCACAUGUAACUGGAGGAUUUUGGCUGGGUCUGCCAGUUCAAUUCUGCAAAGAUCACCUUCCUUCUCAUGACGAAUAUAUUACUUUGGUGGAUGAGAAUGGAGAUGCAUCUGAAACAAAAUACCUUGUUGAGAAAACUGGUCUUAGUGCUGGGUGGAGAGGGUUUACUAUAGAUCAUAAACUGGUUGAUGGAGAUGCACUAGUGUUCCAGUUAGUUAGCCCAAGGGAAUUUAAGGUGUACAUUAUAAGAGCAUAUGAAUCAAAAGACAAUGAAGAGAAGGAAAAUGAAAAAGAAAACAAUGAAGAUGAUGGCAAGGAUAUAGAAGUUACACCUUUGAAUAGAAGUGCCAAACGGACUAGAGCAAGUAGGAGGUAGUCUUUGACAACAUAAAAGCUGUGUUAGAGAGCUGGGUCUUUUUGUUUUGGCUUGUAGUAAUUACCAUACAUGCCAAUGCAUUGUAAAAUGGCAUCUAAUUCCUUGUUUAGUGGCACAAAUACUAUGGUUGAGAAAUUAACUUACUAGUUUUCUGUAGCAAUAGCAUGACAUUGCAUUUUCUUAUUAAUGGUUGUUUUAGGGUUGUCAA